AGCUCUACAACAUCUUCCCCAGGAUCAUGGACUAUUUGCCUGGCCCUCACCAAACCUUCUUCGCAAACUUGUUCAGCAUCCAGGACUUCAUAGCCCAGAAGGUAGAAGAGCAUGAGAGGACCUUCGAUCCCACAAGUGAACCCCAAGACUUUUUAGAUGCCUUCCUCCUCAAAAUGCAGCAGGAGAAGAACAACCCCAAGACAGAAUUUACUAAAGAAAAUCUGAAGAUGACAAUGUAUGAUUUAUUUAUUGCCGGGACAGAAACCACCAGCACCAGCCUGAGAUACAUCCUCAUGACUCUUCUUGAGCAUCCAGAGGUGGAAGGUACUUCCCAGCCACUGGAUCAGCUGUGCUCUCCUUUGCUUGAACAGAGGAGCCACUCUCUACCCGAUCCUGAGCUCUGCCCUGCAUGA